AUGAAGCCACCGGAGAAAUUCCUGCAAAAGAACCAGAUGAAGGGGCUUGAUAAUUUUAUAGUAGACUUGCGAAACUCGAAGGAUCAAGAGGAGGAAUACAAGAAAAUUCGUGCCGAGGCAAAUGCUAUUCAAAAUAAAUUUCAAUCAAGCACUACGUUGAACAUCUCCCAAAAGAAAAAGUACAUUUGCAAGUUGGUCUACAUAUUUAUACUGGGGUACCCAGAGCUAAUCAAUUUUGGGUUGGAUGAGUCAAUUGAGUUGAUCAAGUCGAGUGCCUUUGGUGACAAGAAAUUGGGAUAUCUUGCAGUGUCGAUACUUUUGAAUAAUGAGAGCCCCAAAAGCAACUCGUUAUUCACUCCCAAAGAGCAUUUGAAUCAUAUUCUAGAUGUUGUGCAUCCAAUACUAAUAGAAGAUCUACGAUCCACUAAUGAGGAGGUGAAUUGUUUGGCGAUACAGAUGAUUGCAACAAGUUUCACUGCAUCAGAUGUUACAAUAUACAACGGUGACGCAAAUGCAAUGCAAUGGGUGGAACUAAUUGAUAUGGUCUUUGCCUCGGCAAGCUCGCCAUUGCAGAAACCGGUUGUCAAGCAAAAAGCAUUAAUAAGUUUGAAAUCACUCCUCCAAUUGUACCCAGACGUUAUCGUCAGUAACGACAAUUGGAUUCCCCGUUUGUUGAAAAUUAUUGAGGAGUCAAAUGAUGUUGGCGUUGUAACUGCCAGUGUUCCUUUACUUGACUUCAUUCUAGCAAUAAACCCAGGGAUUGUGAGAUCUGUUAUUCCAUCUGUUGCAAAGAGACUUUACUCAUUGACUGUUUUGAACGAAUGUCCCCCUGAAUACUACUAUUAUGAUACCCCAGCGCCUUGGCUUAUCGUGAAGUUGUUGCAAUUUGUUGAAAACAAUUUUCUUGUGCCAACCGAGGGAGCUUCUCUAUCAGUGGAUCAAAUUGAUAGUGUCACUUUGAGUCAACUUCGACAAGUAGUGUCCAAGUCUAUCCAAGAUGCAUCACAUCACACCAUGGGCCUACCCAACAGAAAUUCGCGAAGCUCGAUCUUGUUUCAGGCUGUGUCUUUGGCCGUAUUUCUAGAAGCAUCACCUGAAGCUAUUGCGGGUGCGUCCAAUGCCCUCUUGAAUCUAAUUAUUUCAAAUGAUACAAAUACAAGGUAUUUGGCCCUUGAUGCAUUGAUAAAAUUGACAGCAAGACUGGAAUCGCCUUAUUUAUCCACAAAGGAUAAGUUUGCCGAGAUUAUGCCCGUCUUUGUUAACUUACUCAAAGAUAAGGAUAUAUCUGUACGAAGAAAAGCGUUGGACUUGCUAUAUACCAUUUGCAAUGAUGAUACAUGUUCUGUGAUUUUGAACGAGUUGUUGCUUUACUUCCCUCAUGCCGAUCAACAAAUUAAGCACGAGUUGGCAAUUAAAAUUGCUGUUUUGGCGGAACGAUUUGCCACCGAUUCCACUUGGUACGUCACAACAAUGCUUAAGUUGCUUUCAAUCGGUGGAGGCACAAAUUCCAAUGGUGUUGGUUUCAUCAGUAAUGAAGUAUGGGAAAGGAUAGUACAAAUAGUGGUCAACAAUGAUGACUUGCAUAAAAAAACGACAAAGAUGAUCAUCAAUUUGAUGAAGAAGCCCUUUGGAGACUCGCAUUCUCCAGUAUCGGAAUAUUUGAUAAAAGUAGCAGCUUUCGUUUUGGGAGAGUUUGGCCACGAGGUUGAUGAUGUUGCCGAGAGCAAUACCGGUAUUCAAUUUCGCUUGCUUUAUGACGCUUAUUUUGGUGUGACCAUAUCUACCAGAGCAAUGUUGUUGAGCACCUUUCUCAAGUUUCUUGUCAAGUUUCCCGAGGCUAGUUUUGUUCCUGAAAUCGUUGACUUGUUUGACGUGGAGACUCAAUCUUUGGAUUUGGAGAUCCAAGGCAGAGCGUAUGAAUAUUUGAAGUUGUCUACUAUUCAUUCCGACUUCAGGCUAGCAAAAACGGUGAUCAAGCCAAUUCCAGCAUUUGACCAGCAAGAAAGUCCCUUACUUAAGAGACUUGGUGUGUUGCCGAAUAGGCCUGCUGUGAGUAGAUCCAAAUCAAGAGUGUUGGCAAGAAACAUCAAGACCAAACCAGAGAAUGGCAACGCCACUAAUGGAGUGGAUGUGGGAGCCAGGGAAAGUGCGCUCACUAGUAACUGGUAUGCUGGAUUCCAUAGAAUGCUCCAUUUUGACGCUGGUAUCUUUUUCGAAAACAAUCUCAUCAAAAUUACCUACAGGUUGGUCAAAAAUGGUAAUGAAAUUGUCAUCCACUUCACUGUGGUGAACAACGCUCACAAAACUGUUGGUGAGACAAUAACAGGAUUCAACAUCCUCAAACUAGAAUCUAAGGCAAAGAAAGAAGACCCUAGCUAUUUGCUUAAUGUAAGUCAAUUGCCUGACUCCACAAUUGCUAAUCAAAGUCAAUUGACUAUAUCCGUAAAAGUGAGAGGCAUAGUUGAAAACUACGAAGACCCGAUAAUUUCAUUCACCUUUAUGUGUGGUGGAUCAUUUAACCACUUGAAUUUGAGGUUUCCAGUCCAGCUCAUAAAAACACUAACAACAGCCCCAAUUCGUGGGGCAGACGAGUUUGAAAGAAGAUGGAAUCAAAUUGGGGAACAUUUAGGGCUUGAGAAGGGUGAGAGCAGUGCCGUGGUGCGAUUAUCUCAUAGGCAUGAUUCGGCACAAAUCUGUCGAUCGAUGUCUCGAAUUGGAUUGACUGUGCUUACUGGGCCCGAUUACAACAUCAACGUCAUUGGUGCUGGUAUCAUUCAUACACAGAAAUCGAAUUACGGGGUUCUUGUCAAGUUUUUGGGAUUGGACACGGAAGGUAAAGAGUUGAAAAUAACUGUAAGAUGUACUGGUGGAGGGGUUGCGGAGGUCAUUUGCUCUACUAUAAAAGAAAUAUUUGUAGGUAAGUACAACUGA